AUGUUGAAGGAGCUGCAUAUCCAAGAUGUUCCUUACCUUGGAUAUGUGGAGAUGAAGGUUACGUUUCUGAAGGAGUUCCUGGGUGCAGACUUUGAUGUGGCUACACUUGUGCUUGUUGUUCCCAACAUCAGACCCAAUGUCCAGUCCCCAGUGUUGACUGGCAUUAAUACCAUGGAGCCCCUAUACAGUCAGUGUAUGGAGAGUGAGGUUGCAGGUUUUCAGCCAGCUGCUCAUGGUUACCGGGCCAUUCUCAAACUCCUGCAGGUACGUCACCAGCAACAGCAGGCUGGCAGUGAUGGGGUUGUGAGAUUAGCCAGCAAAUCUCCAGUCCUCAUUCCCGAUGGGCAAACAACCGUUGUCAACGGCCCCAUUCAUGCCUGUAUAUCAGCUCCAGUUCAGUGGGCUCUUGUCGAGCAUCCAACCUCCCCAUUGCCCGGUGGGUUGUGUGAUCAGAACUCUCUUAUUAUGCUCCCAAGCCAAUCCCACAUGAAGAUCCCUGUCAUUCUCAACAAUGCAUCAGAUCAAGCAAUAACCAUUCCACCUCAGUGUCAUUGCUGA